CUCUCCUCUUCUGCCAUUUUUGUCCCCGCUACUGGCUAACUUGCUAACCGAGGGGGUCUCCAUCAGCCGGAGGCGGGGGAAGACUGCGAGGCAGCAGAGAGAGGCAGUCACCGUACAGACCCGAACCUUCCCCGCAGAACCGGGGGGCCUCUUCCGCUCAGUGAACUGCUUCCAGAGAGGCGACAGCCAUGUCCGAUUUUGACAGCAACCCGUUCGCGGACCCGGACUUCAGCAACCCCUUCCAGGAUCCCUCUGUGACACAAGUGACCCGGUCUGCCCCUCCUGGUGGUCUGGAGGAAUAUAACCCCUUCACAGACGGCAGAACGGCAGCCCCUGGAAAUGCCCCCAAAUCAACUCCUGCCCCAGCCCAGAACACACAACCUGCCAUCAUGAAGCCCACAGAAGAGCCACCAGCUUAUUCACAGCAACAGACUCAGGACCAAGCACGUGUUCAGGCUGAGUUGUUGAGAAGGCAGGAGGAGUUAGAGAAGAAAGCAGCGGAGCUUGAUCGUCGCGAGAAAGAGUUGCAGUCUCACGGAGCCGCGGGAGGGCGUAAGAACAACUGGCCUCCACUGCCAGAGAAGUUCCCCGUCGGCCCAUGUUUCUACCAUGAUAUUGCUGUGGACAUUCCUGUAGAGUUCCAGAAGACAGUCAAGAUCAUGUACAACCUUUGGAUCUUCCAUGCAGGCACGCUCUUUGUGAACAUGUUCGGCUGCCUGGCCUGGUUCUGUGUGGAUGCUUCCCGUGGUAUCGAUUUUGGCCUGGCGAUGCUCUGGUUCCUGCUGUUCACCCCCUGUUCUUUCGUCUGCUGGUACAGACCGCUCUACGGGGCUUUCAGGAGUGACAGCUCGUUCCGCUUCUUUGUCUUCUUCUUCGUCUACAUCUGUCAGUUUGGAGUUCACGUCCUGCAAACUAUCGGCAUCACCGGCUGGGGAACAUGUGGCUGGAUUACAGCUUUAACUGGUCUGAACGCCAGCAUCCCAGUGGGCAUCAUCAUGUUGCUGAUCGCAGCUCUGUUCACUGCACUGUCCGUGGGCUCGCUCAUCAUGUUUAAAAAGGUGCACGCUCUCUAUCGGACCACCGGGGCCAGUUUUGAGAAGGCUCAGCAGGAGUUUGCGACUGGAGUCAUGACCAACAAGACGGUUCAGACGGCAGCCGCCAAUGCUGCCGCUAACGCUGCAACCAACGCCGCUCGUGGGGCCUUUAAACCUCAUCCAUAAACUGACACACACACACACACACACACACACACACACACACAUGCUUACACACAGUGACAAGGUGGAGAUGCACAGCUCUGGCCCUUCUGGUUCUCAGAUCAAAUUGAUUUUUAAUUUAUGAAUGUUGCAAUGCUACUGUUGCCCUGCACACGUUGCUAAAGAAAAGUGUAACGUAAAUAACAGACAAGUGUCCAGAGCUGUUCAUCCUCCUCAGUGAAAAGUCCUCUACAUCGGCCCGGUCUGCUUUUCAGGCUGCUCACAUCCCUUUGAAAUAUCCUCGUACUGACUCGAGGUGUGUUCUGAGUGUGUGGGAUUCCAUCUCACUCUCUCAUCUCACUCUCUCAUCUCACUCCUCUUCCUGCUCCUCUGUCCUCCUCUGUCUGCUGAUGAUAGUGCAUCCAGACAUGACAGUUCCAGCAUUCCUUAUUUUUGUCAUGGUGACGACGUCUAAACAGCUUCCUGUCUGGUUAUUGAUUAAUACAGCAGAGAGUCAUGAAAAGUGAUAAUCGGCUCAUGGUGUUUUGCACAUUAUACAGUGUUUCUUGGUCAGAUACUGAAAGUUCAGUAUAUGUUGGUUUGGCUGCAGCUGCGUGUGAAUGUUUACUUCACUUGAAAGGAGAAAAUUGGGGCUUUUCAUGAUCACUCCGGUGCUUGAACAUGAAGGUAUGAAAUUUGAAUUUUACCUUGUUCUGUAUCAGUGCUUCAUCCCUCAGACAGUACCAUUCUCGUUAUGGUAGAACCUAAAUCUUAUAAAUAGGAGUCUGACAGCAUGGAAACGACGUGCAUGUCAAGCACCUUGAAGGUAGAAGUCGCUCCCUCCGCUAUUGGCUGGAUCAGGGGAACGUCUACUUGUGUUUUUUACCCAUCAGUUCCUGUGAGAAGCGAGCUGCAGAGUUAUGUCCCAGUGGCUGUUUGACUGAUUGACGACGUUGGGAUCUAUUAGUGGAGACGCACUGAACACCAAGGUCAGUGGAGGUCACCAGUUCUCACCACAAACCUUCAGUCCGGUGCUCUCGUGUAUUAAAAGGGGGGAGAACGCCUGAGGAAUAUUUGCGUUUCCUUUUACGUGUGCGUGGCAUUAAUCGUGUGGCCCCCCCCCCCCAGUUGUUUCUCCAGACCUUCACACUAACGGCGCUAUGAGUCUGGAGAGCUGCUCGGGUCGUGUACUCCUGUUGAAAAGGACGCACAAUAACAUUCAUAGUGAUAACUGAGAGAAGGGACCUGGCUUGUCCCACUGAACACGGCCUGGACAGUGAUGAAGCUAUUCUCUUCCUUUUCCUGAGAUUAUCCUAAAUACACAAACCAGUAAAAACACUGAUACUGCUGAUAUGUACACUAACAGUCUGUUUGCAUUUCUACAGACAAAGCCAGUCUGCUGAUUUUCCCAUCAGUACUGGCCUCAGAAGUUUCUCAGCCAUUAAGAACAUUAAGGAAAGAGAGAACUGGACGUGACA